GCGCAGUCACGUGGUCUCUCGAAAGACGAAAGAAAGGAAAUAUGGCCUCCACUGUGUUAGCUAGCUGUGUUUCUCUUCUUGCUUCUACUUAAGACACUGAAACAAAGGUACCAUGGAGAAGAAAAGGCGACUAACUCCAGAGCAAGAUGCCCUGAAACACAUACUUGCAUGCAAAGACAAACCUUUUCUGGAGGAAAGGUAUAUAGACUCCUUUAAAGGGAGAGGAGUCUUUACCCACAGAGCCCUUAAACCAUCGAUGUUUGUUGUUGAAUAUCGGGGGAACAUCUUUCCUCACAAAGACACAAGGCCUAAGAAAUGUAGUGAUGCUCUAAAUAGUUUUUUGUUUGAGUUUACAUGGAAAGGAGCACAAUGGUGCAUUGAUGCUUCGACAGAGGAUAAUACCCUUGGAAGACUCGUGAAUGAUGAUCACAUAAGUCCGAACUGUGAAAUGAAGACAAUUGUUUGCAGGGGGAAGCCACACUUGUGCCUGUUUGCAUUGAAAGAAAUCUCUCCAGGCGAGGAGAUAACGUACAACUACGGGGACGCCUCUUACACAUGGCGCUCAAGGGAGUCCUUUGCUGGAUCAAGUACUUCACAAACACACGUUUUUGCUACUUCAACACCAAAGAAUAAAAGGCUUGAGGACUCUGCGGCAUCGUCCAGCUCUGAUAAUUCUGGCUCUGAUGAUGAUGAUGACAAACUCUCUGACAGCGGACCAAGUCAUGAAAAUUACAGUUUUGCCAACAGUCAGCUGGACUUUAGGGACAGUUCUCCUUUUACAAAUAUGGAUUCCUCUCAAGAGGUGACAGAGACGCUGGAAUACGAUGGCGCUUUAAGCCCCCAGCCUGAGGACGAAGCUGCUUUCAGCUCUGAUGAACCCGCCUCGGAUGAAGACUACAAACCCAGCAAGUAUUCACAAAAGCCAGACGAGCGUUUUUACACCAUUAAAAAUCAUUGUUACGUCUGCGGGAAAAGUGUUUCUAAACUUGCUCGACACCUUUUAACGCAUGCUGAUGAAGAGCCUGAUAUUGCUGAAGCUGCUGCGUUGCCGAAAAACUCCAGGGAGCGAAGACGGGUGUUUGACCAUUUACGGAACCUUGGAAAUUACAAACACAAUCAAGAAGUGAUGAAGAAUAAAAGUGGACAGUUGAAACUGAGAAGACGACCGACAACGGUGGCGGUCAAUGCUAAAAGCCACGCGCACUGUCUGUACUGUAAAGGCAUGUUGCAGCGGAAGGAAUUGUGGAGGCAUGUAUCCAGAUGUCACGCUAGGCCAAUGUCAAAGUCUACAACAGAUGGCAAGAAAAGAGUCUUAAGUGAGUUUUCUCUUGCAGAGUCACCAUACUCCCAAAAUCUUCCAUCUGGUGUGUGGAAGAUGCUUUUGGGUAUGAAACAAGAUGAGAUUGCGUUCACAGUUCAAAAUGAUCUCCUCCUAAUGCAGCUGGCACAGUCUCUGUGCGAGAAGUAUGGAAACAAAUCAAAUAAACACGAGUUCAUCAGACAGAAGCUGCGAGAAAUCGGAAGACUUUUGCUGGCGCUGCACGACAAAUCGAUAUUUAGCUUAGAAGAUGCCAUCAAACCCAACCACUUCUACAAAGUCGUUGAGGCCGUCAAAGACAUCACUGGUUUUAACAAAAAGAUGCAGAGCUAUAAAAAACCAACUCUCGCUUUGAAAUUAGGACAUUCGCUCAAAAAAAUAGCCGCCAUUGUCCUCGCUGGUGCUGGCGGGAAUGAGCAGAUGAUGAAAGACACAAAGACGUUCAUGAAGUUGUGUGCAAAAGAAUGGAGUGAACUUGUCUCUCAGACAGCCUUGGCUUCGUUGAGUGGACGAAAGGUGAACAAACCGUCUACGAUACCGUUCACACGCGACAUGCAGACUUUCUACAAGUACUUAGAAAUAACAUCAGCUUCUGCCAUUGAAAGCCUGAGAGUGCAGCGCAGCCCACAGGUCUACAAUGCUCUCUGCAGAGUGACGCUGGCACAAGUGUCGGUCUUAAACAAAUGUGCUCCAGAGGUUUCAAAAAUGACCCUGAAGUCAUUCCGGGAGAGAGGCGACACUACGCAAGUGCUGUCCAAACAUUUCAUCAGAAUAAAUAUCCUGAGCAGGGCCGGCCAAGACGUUGCUGUCUUGUUGACCUCUGAACUCGUCAGUGCAAUGUCACUGCUUGUGAGCAACAGAGAAGCAUGUGGUGUCCACAAAGACAAUCCUUUCUUGUUUGCGAAGCCAAACUCUUCUGCUACCAGCCUUUACCACGGAGGGAACUGCAUCAGGGCUUUUUCAAGUCUGUGUCGGGCAAAGAACCCAGACCAUCUCAGGUCGGUGCAUCUUCACAAACACAUCGCGAGAGUCUUCCAGAUUCUCAACCUGGAGAACGACGAGCUCCAUCACCUGGCCAAACUGUUGGGCCACGACAUCCGAGCUGACAGGGACUAUUAUCGGUCGCCGGAGGCAGCGGUGGAACUUGCAAAAAUAGCAAAACUCCUUCUGGCGAUGGAAAAAGGCUCUCUUGAAAGAUUCAAAGGAAACUCUCUGGAGGAGAUUGAGAUUGAGGAUGAAUUGGAGCCCGAUGUGGAGCAGGACAACCCUGAAAACGAGGAAUCUGAGGAGGAAGAUGAAGAAUCAGAUCCUUUAGUUCAGUACAGCGAUGCUAUGGAACAACAAACUGUCCUAAGGAAGCAGAGAAGGCGGCAGACUCCUGAACAAGAUGCUGUGGAGCACAUUAAGGAUUGCAGAGACAAACCCUUCCUGGAGGAAAUGUUUAUUGACCCCGUUAAAGGGAGAGGUGUGUUUACCCGUGAAUCAAUUGAACCAUCCACCUUCGUAGUCGAGUAUCGGGGGAACAUCUCCUCCAACAAAGAAACCAGGAAGAAGAAAUGUCCUGAUACUCUGAACGAUUAUUUGUUUGACUUCUCAUGGAAGGGAAAAAGCUGGCGCAUUGAUGCUUCAAAAGAGGAUGGGACCCUCGGCAGACUUGUGAACGACGAUCACAUAAAUCCCAACUGCAGAAUGAAGAGAAUUGUUUAUAAGGGGAAGCCACACCUGUGCCUGUUUGCAGUGAAGGAAAUAUCUCCAGGCGAGGAGAUAACGUACGACUACGGGGACUCCUCUUACCCCUGGCGCUCAGAAUUACAGGAAUCCGGUGGAGAACUGAAUACAUCACAAACGGACCUAAAUGCUGCUGCACCUUCACCAGAGGAUGAAACUGUUGAAGACAUGGCAGGAGCCUCCAGUUCUGCAGAAUGCUGCUCCGAUGACGAGUAUGUACCUGAGGCUCAACCGAGCAGCGACGAGGGUUUGACUAGCAACGACAAACACCAGCCUGUCGACGCUUCUUGCGUCCAGCAGGAGGACGAGGCUGAUUACAGCUCUGAUGAUUUGACCUCUGAUGAAGAGUCCAAACAGACUCCCUACAGAAACAGAAACUAUUGUUACGUUUGCGGGAAACCUCAAACUAAACUUGCUCGUCACCUUUUCACCCAUAGAACGCAAGAGGCUGAAAUAGCUGAAGCGUUUAAACUCCCCAUAUACUCCAAGGAGCGAACUGUAAUACUGGAUAGGUUGCGAAACAGAGGGAAUUAUAAACAUAACGAAGAGGUUUUGAAGACUCACAACGGAGAACUGAAAGUGAAAAGAAGAACCCCAAACGUGUUCAUCAACGCUCAAACAUUUGCACUCUGUCUCUACUGUAAAGUCAUGUACUGUCGGAAGGACAUGUGGCGACACAUGCAAAAGUGUUCCUCGAAGAGGUCCUCAGAAUCUCCGACACGUCGCAGGAGUAAAGUUUUAAGUUUGGUUGCUGUUGCCGAGUGCACAGACCCCGAAGAAAUCUCGUCAGAUGUGAGUAAGUUAUUAAACAAAAUGAAGAGAGACGAGGUUACGUCUGUAAUUAAGAAUGAUUCCCAUUUACUGCAGCUGGCCCAGUGUUUGUGCCGCUUGAAUAAAAGUAAAAAAAAGAGUAAAGCCAACAUAUCGAUGAGGGUGAGGAUAAUGGGAAGACUCCUGUUAGCGCUGAGGAAAAAGUCCAUAGGUACCUUUGAAGAGGCUGUCAAACCCGAGAACUUCAGCAAAGUCAGUGAAACCGUCAGAGAGCUCACUGGUUUCAAUGAAGAGAAAAAGACCGCUUGCAAACAGAGUCUCUUGACCAGAUUCACAAAUUCCCUCAAGAAAAUCGGUGAGAUUAACUAUGCCAGGGCUUUGAAAGAGGAGGCCGACGAACAGACGAUAAACGUCGCAGAGACCUUUGUGAAGCUGUGCGACAAGGAAUGGAGCUACGCCCACCCGUCAAGGGCGUGGUUGUCGAUCCCAAACGCGUCGACUGUACCGUUCACACGUGACGUGCAGCUUUUCUGUCAGUGCAUGGAGAAGACGGCUGAGUCUGCCAUUGAAAGUCUGACAAUGUAUGAAAGCUCUCCGGUUUACACUGCACUCCUCAGGGUGACAGUUGCUCAAUUGGCUGUCUUAAACAAAAGCAUGCUACAAGUUUCAGGAGUAACGCUCAAGUCGUUCGCAGAAAGGGAUGAGAGUGAGCUUCAAGGAGACACAGCUGUUUGUCAGUCGCAGUUUGAGCAAAUUCUGUCAAAGCGCUCGAUGAGGAUCAAUCUCGUGACCACCAAGGGCAAAAAGGUUGCUGUUACGUUGACCCCUGAGCUGCUCACUGCAUUACAACUGCUCGUGAGCAAGAGAGAAUCAUGUGGCGUACAUAAAGAUAAUCCCUUUUUAUUCGCAAGACCUGGUGCUAAAUGUUCAAGUUUCUACUACGGACACCAGUGCGUCAGUGCUUUUGUAACUCGGUGUGGUGCAGAGAACAAAGCAAACUUCAGGUCUCUGUUUUUUCACAAGUACAUUGAAAGAGUUUUCCAGAUUCUCAACCUCGCGAACGACGAGCUCGAUCAACUAGCCAAACUGCUGGGCUGUGACAUUCGGACCGACAGAGAGUACUAUCAGACGCCGGAGGCUGCUGCCGACAUUGCAAAAAUCUCACAGCUGCUGUCAGCGAUGGAGAAGGGAUGCCUGGAAAGAUUCGAAGGGAAAUCUCUUGAGGAAAUUGAGGUUCCAGAUGAAAUGGAGCCAGAAGUUGUGGAGGACAGCCCCGAAAACAGUGGCGCUGAGGAGGACAUUGAAGAAUCAGAAAGUUCUCUUCAGCUGAGCGGCUCCUCUUCGGCAACUAAAAAACGAAAAGAACCCAGCAGAGUUUCCAGAGUUUGUCCCACGAAGAAACGCAGCCGAGGCCAAAGCAAGAAGCUGGAGUGUGAAGAUGAGGCACCGGAGCAGAAUGAUGAGGCACCGGAGCAGAAUGAUGAGGUGAACGUAGAGAAGGAUGACGAGUCAGAGGAAAUACCUCCGAGCUAUGAUGUCAAAACACCCGAGAAUACAGUGUCUCAUAGCAACGAGGACGCAACAAAGAUUUGUUUCAGUGACAACGAUGAGGACAUGAAUGUUGACUUUGACAUGGACGUGGACACCGAUGACGACAGUGUCAGGAAUGAUGGAUAUGGUGACACAAUGCCUUUGAUACCCGAUGUACUAGAUGUACCAGAUGUACCAGAUGUAGCAGAUGUGACAAAGCAGGAUAAUGACAGCAGUGAUACUGAAAAGGCCGACGGCUCAACUACCAAGCACACUACUGCUGCGGACCUCGAGGAGACCAUGGAGACGGACGCAGUGAACCACGUGGGGGAAAAGCAUCGAAAGAAAAAAGGGGAACGAAAGAACUGCAUGGAUGUAGAUAGCAGAAGUUCCUCUGCCAUAUUAAAUACAGAAAAGAAUAAGAAAUUAUCAGCUGCUGUAACUGGAAUGAGAGAAGUGAAGAUAUUAGUAUCAAAACUGGACAUUGACAAGUUGCAGACUCCAAUCCACAUUUCCCAGCUAUCAUCUGUGGGUGACUCUGUCAAUCAGCCCAUCCAUGACGACAACAACCAGCAACAUCCACAAGACGUCACAAACAAACCUAACAGCGCAAAGGAAAUGCAGAUGACCUGCUCCCACUGCCAGAAGGCCAUGAUGAAGGGUCAAACGGCUUACCAGAAGAAGGGAUUCACAGAUGUCUUCUGCUCCAAAAACUGCCUAUUCGCCUUGUUUCCCGCCAACAAACCAAACACUAAGACCUGUCAUUUCUGUCAUAUGGCGAUAUCGCAGCCUCUGGAUCUCAUCAUGGCUGCUGUGGACGUUAAGGGAACUAUGAAGGACUUCUGCAGUGUGACCUGUCUGGUCUCUUUUAAGUCCAACACGCCGGCCACCCAAACAACACCGUUCAUCUGCAGGAUGUGCAACAAAUCCUGCACUACCACAAGUGAGUUGACCCUGAACGGGUCUCUCCACAAGUUCUGCAGUGACUCCUGCAGGGACGAUUUCAGCAGACACAACGUGGCCGUCUGUGAAAACUGCAGCUCAGUCUGCCGCAACAAACCGCUCAUGUUGAUACUGGAGGAGGAGACGAAGACCAUCUGCAGCGAUGAUUGCCUGGAGGAGUUCAAAGAGAGCAUUGAGACUUCCUUCCAGUGCACUAUGUGCCACAUUUCUCUACCGAUGUCCAACAUGGUUCACAAUAAAAGCGACGAGGAGAUGGUGGAGCUCUUCUGCACUCGCACCUGUGUGACAUCAUACAUGCUGCGGCCCGAUAUUGUCGACACACUUCAAGAAAAGAAAAACGCAGCUCUGUUGAAGAGGAAAAGAGGCAAACAAUCGAAACAAACAGGGAAUACAGAGGACGGUAGUGUCGCAAACAAUACAGCUGCUAAAUCAGAAACGCCGACAUUCACCUUCGCAAAAGAGUGCGUUGUCUGUUGCCACUGUGGAAAGGAACUGCAGAGGGGAGAGACUCUGGUCAAGUUGAAGAAGUCACGAGAGGUUUUUUGUUCAGCCUCUUGUCUCUCUGAAAAACAUCCUCACGUCAAACUGGCCACCAAAAAGUGCUACAACUGCUUUCAGGUGAUCUUGCGGCCUCACAACAUCAUCCUGGCUCCGGUGGAUGAUUCAGGAACUAUGAAGGAGUUGUGCAGCGACGCCUGCCUCUCUUCUGUCAACUCCAAGAGGAACUUGGCUGCACCGAAACCCCCACCUCCACCAGAGUGCCGGAUGUGCACCAAAUUUUGCUCUUGCAAAUUCAAGCUAAACCCGGAUGGCUCGAUGCAACGACUGCCUCAGUCCGCCUGCUCCAUCAACUACAACAAAGUCAACGACCUGCCUGGGUUUACCUGUGAGGUCUGUGGCUCCAUCUGCUCCGACAGUCGGCUCACGCUGAAGAUGGACGACGGCAGUAAAACCAUCUGCAGUGAAGAAUGUUUGGUCAAACUCAAACAGAAGAUUGAGACGCCUCAGCUGUGCCCGAUGUGCCAGACGUCCCAUCAGAUCUCAGACAUGGUUGAAAGUAAAAAUGAUGAGGGCUGGCUGGACUUCUUCUGUAGCAACAGAUGUAUGAUGGUACACAAAGCUCAAUCUUCUACGGUUUCAGGAAGGAACAGCCCGUCAUUUGAUAAGAAUGACAUUAAAGAAGUGAAGCCGUCGCUACUGAAUCUGGACUGUAUAAAACAAGAGCCCAUUGAUGAAGAGUACAAACCGAGUGUCUCACCCUCCAUAUCCACAGAGGACAUCAAGGACGAGCCUAAUGUGAUAAAAAAGGAGGACUUGAAGAUUGGUUCAGUCUUCUCGUUGACGGGAGACUCCGCGUCCACGGCGCCCACUCUCACCCACAGGGAUUUGCCUGCGUCUUGCUCCAACUGCAAAAAGGUCCUGAUGGACGGAGAGACUGUUUAUCAGAGGAAAGCCCACUCGAACAUCUUCUGCUCCACUCCUUGCCUUUUGAAAUUCUACCAAACGAAACAAGCUAAGAAGACCUGCCACUUCUGCCUCCAGGCGAUAACGCAGCCUAAGGAUGUCCUCCAGGCCCCGGUGGAUAAUGAGGAGACGAUGAAGGAUUUCUGCAGCCAGACCUGCUUGUCCUCUUUCAACUACAAGAAAAUCAUGUCCACCAGAAUAUCCAUCGUGCCAGUCGCGUCACAGUCACAAUGCAGCAUGUGCAGCAGAUAUUGUGUUAUCAAACACGAGAUCCUACAGCAGGACGUCGUCCACAAGAUUUGCAGUGAUCCCUGUUUUUUCCGCUUCUGCAACAUGAACAACCUGUCUGUCUGUGAGAACUGUCGCUCCAACUGCAACACGCCUGUCGUGCUCAAGAUGGAAAAUGGCAGCAUAAAACUGUGCAGUGCAGAGUGUCUGGUCCAGUUCAAACAGAAAAUCAAAGCGCCGCAGCCGUGUGCCAUGUGCUCCACGCCCCAUUUAAUGUCGGAUAUGGUUGAAAACAAAAACAGCAAGGACGUGGUAGAGCUCUUCUGUACCAACAGUUGUGUGAUGGCGGCAAAGAUCCAGGCUGUCAGUGCGUCAGGCAUUCCGUUGAAUUGUGACAACUGUGGUAAAACUACACUGCCAGCCUGCCACCUCGCCAUGUCGGAUGCCUCCAUCAGAAACUUUUGUACUUUAACCUGUGCCAUGGCUUUUAAGACGCAGAACGCUGCCACCAGCCCAACAACAGCCUCCGACCAAACCCAAUGUGAUUUCCUCAAACCACCGGAGAAACUACCAUGUGCACAGUGUCGACGCAUUUUAAAAACGACACCGAAAGUUGUCCAGAAAAAGGGCAAAAUGAACUUUGUGUGUAGUCAGGCCUGUUCUCAAGAGUUUAAGAGGGUCAACAACAUCAUGGGCAAGUGUGAAUAUUGCAAGAAUGAAAGGAUCAUCAGAGACGUCAAAAGGGUCAACGACAAAGACUGCUACUUCUGCAGCGACGGCUGCAUAAUGCUCUUUUGCCAUGAGCUGGAAGAGAAAUGGGGAAAAUACUGUCACUUGUGUGCUUACUGCCUCUCCACCUCUAAGACGGUGGUGACAGCUCAGUAUAAAGGCGCUGAAGAAGAGUUCUGCUCUGAAGAAUGCAACUCAAAUUACAACAUGCUCUUCUGCCAUCUUGCCAAGUGUGACACCUGCGGUCGCGAAGGGAAACUGAGGCAGAGUCUUCCCAUGCUGGGAGAGGUCAAACACUUCUGUGACCUCAAAUGUCUUCUACAUUUCUGCAACAAAAAGGUCCAGAUGGUCAAUAAAGAAACAGUCUCUUCACCUCCCAAAUCUGCAGGCACAGUGGAGUCCUCCCCCGUCAUCGCUAACGUCAUCUCGCUUGCUGGCGCUUUGGCUAGGCAACCCGAUGCCUCUGCUAGCUCUGCACAGCACGUGUCUGUCUGUGACAUUCAGACGAAGGUGGUUGGACAUGCCAGUGUUCAAACAGUCCCCAAGGAACUGAAGAACAAGUCCAUGCUCUGCACACCGUUGGUCCAUAACAAAGGCGUCUCCUGUACAACACAGACUGUCGACGCAGAAGCACAGACUGACAACUUCGAACCCAAAGUGGUAGUCCUGCCUCUCCCGGUGCCGGUAUACCUUCCUGUGCCUAUGGGCAUGUACAGCCAGUACACACCAAAGCCUGUGGGCCUUCCCUUACCGCUUCCUGUUCCCGUGUUUCUCCCUGCGACACUGGACGACCCUGACCAAACAGUGGAACCCGUGAAGGAGAGUAUCCAGCCCGUCUCCUUCGGUGAAGAGUUCAACUUCAAGUCUGAGAUAAAGGAAACGCAAGAUGAGAACGACGAGACAAAAGAGGAAAUUCACACUCCACAGGAGCACAGUAGUGAUAGCUUCGAUGUAGAUCGUGAGGCCACUUUCAACAACCUGGAGGACUUCUUGUCUGACACCAUCUUCGGGUUGCCCAGUCGAACACACACGCAAGAAAAAGACGUGGGCAUGACGAGUGAACUUCAACCUCCUCUGGAGAUGAGAGAGGAUCCCGAGAGCUCACCGAGUCCUGCACAGGUCCCUCAACUAUUACAACAAACUGUGGGGAAAGUCCACAACAAGAAUAAGGGUUGUAGGCUGCAGCAGGGCUCCAAGGCAGCUGAUAAGGAGACAUCUCAGAGAGACUUUUCCAAGACCACGUCUAGAAAGCACCAGGAGCUGAAGAGUCAGUGUGGGAUUGACGCCUGGAAGAGAUGGAUACAGUGGAGGGAAUCACAUACCGACCUGGACCUCGUUUCAUCUCGCACUGCGACGUUCAGCGAGGAUGUUCUUCGCUGCUCUGCGACCAAGCUGAGCGACGGCCUCUGUCGUUUCAUUGCUGAGGUGAAAGGACCUGAUGGAGAGCCGUACUCCCCAGACUACCUGUUCUACCUCUGUCUCAGCAUACAACAGUACCUGUUUGAUAACGGCCGUAUGGAGAACAUAUUCAGUGACCUGAUCUACAGCAGGUUCUCCACUCGGUUCACCAAGAUCCUGAAAGCUUUCAAACCCUCCGCCACAGCCAGCGGUUAUAUCCAUUCCCGUGUGGAGGAGGAGUUUCUGUGGGACUGUAAACAGUUGGGGGCGUACUCCCCCAUCGUCCUCCUCAACACUCUGCUCUUCUUCCGUGCAAAGUUCUUCGCCUUCACCGCGGUGGAGCAGCACCGCCAGCUGUCCUUCGCCCACGUCACACAGUGCACCAAAACCAACCCGGACGGCACCAAGACCGCCUUCCUGCGGUUCUACCGUCCAAUAUCCAAAAACGACGCAGAGUCAGAUGCAGACGGCGUCCCGGCUAAGAAGCGUAAGAAACAUGAGAGUAAAGAGGAUAUCCUGGAGAUGAUGGAGAACACAGAGAAUCCUCUCCGCUGUCCAGUCAGACUCUACGAGUUCUACCUCUCUAAGUGCUCGGAGUUGGUAAAGCAGCGCACCGACUUGUUCUACCUUCAACCGGAUCGCUCUUGCGUUCCCAACAGCCCUCUGUGGUUCUCUUCCACGCCUCUGGACAGCGCCACAAUGGAGGCCAUGCUUGUUCGAACCCUCACUGUUGAAGAGCUUCAGAGGGAAUACCGACGAGGCGUGGACCAACAGACUGCAGAUGACUCAACGUUUAUACCUGAUGAGGAGGACUCACAAUGAUGAAGUCCAGUUAAUUUAGGUGCCAAACUGCAUUGCAUUAUUUGGAUAAGUCCUACAGAUAGUUAUAAUAUAUGAUUUGUCUUUAUAGACGUUCAUUAACAGUCGAAUCAAGAUGUUUUUUUAUUUACAUAUACUCUAAUCUGUAGGCGGACUGUGCAAGUAAAGUGGAACCAAAAAUUCUGAGGAACAACAUUAAACGUGCACCUUAAACCUUAAACCUUUUUCAUAUAGUCAUCUGCACGUUUUGGCAAAAUCAUGAUGAAGAUUGAAUGUUUUUUUUACCACCAGCUUUCAGGAUUUUCCCUGUUUGGUGCUGCAAUGAGAAAAUGUCUGCAGCAGGUCUCCAAGGCAGCUGUUAGUUCAGUUCAGGGGGCUCGUUUCACAAAGACGGACUCUAAACUGGGGCUCAGAUCAAACUAACAGACUUCAGGUAGACAUUCUAUAUUAACGGACUAAUCCUGCUUUGAAUUAUGGGUAAAUUAAGGCUUUAAACUGAAAAACGUGUGAAGGAGCAGCUGCACCAAACAGCAGCAAAUUCAGCAAAGAGUGUUAACCAUGUUAUACCAGAGUUUUACAGACGCCCUGAAUCAUUUUUAUUUUAUUUUUUUUAAACUUGUACUGUUAAACAAUUAUUUCAAACUGGUCCUUUCAGGGCGUUUCUGUGAAGCGGACUCUAAUUUCCAUUAAACUAAUCUAAGAGCAUGUUGAAGAGUGGCCUAACACACAACAGACCACCGGUGUGAAAUCGGUCACUGAUGUGUUUUCAAGUUUAAAGGAGAAAAAGAAACUUAUGAAGAAGGAAAGAAAAAAACUUGUUGAUUUCAUGUUUGUUGUAAACGUUUGUUUUGUGUUUGUGUCCCUUGAGUUGUGAGAGUUGAGAUUGAGUUAUUUUUUACUUUUUUUUAUAAAAUUAUUUAAAAGUAAUCCUUGUCCUACCUUACUUUCUUAUUAUGGGUAUCUUCAAAAUAUAAAAAGACCAAGAAAUACUCUAAGAAUUACUUACUUGGUGGUUUAAUCCACUGGUUCCCAACCUUUUUCUAUCAUUUA